GCUCUUCCCGGUGUCUUCUCCUCCGCCUCUGCUCCCCCACUGUCCGCUCUGAGCAGCAAUGAAGUUCAAUAUCGCGAACCCGACCACCGGGUGCCAGAAGAAGCUCGAAAUCGACGAUGACCAGAAACUCUGAAUUGGAUGGCAUCUCUUUCAAUUUGGAUGAAGUUUUCUAGGUUUGUGUUUUGGCGGUUGCGGGAGCUGUUUGAUUGGAGGCUUCUUCAUGCAUAGUAAUAGUACUAGGAGAUAGAUUCUUCUCCGACAUGUAUCUUGUCCUUGCCUGGUUUUAUAACCUGAUAUGGCGGGCCUUUUUUGACAAGAGGAUCUCACAGGAGGUCAGCGGCGAUGCUCUUGGAGAGGAAUUUAAGGGUUACGUUUUCAAGAUAAUGGGGGGCUGCGACAAGCAAGGGUUCCCGAUGAAGCAGGGAGUCCUGACCCCUGGCCGUGUCCGUCUCUUGCUUCACAGGGGGACUCCUUGCUUCCGUGGAUAUGGAAGGCGCAAUGGAGAGCGUAGGAGGAAGUCGGUACGUGGGUGCAUUGUGAGCCAGGACCUUUCAGUUCUGAACUUGAUUAUUGUCAAGAAGGGCGAGAAUGAUCUUCCUGGCCUUACCGAUAUUGAAAAGCCAAGGAUGCGUGGCCCCAAGAGAGCUUCAAAGAUCCGUAAACUCUUCAACCUCACAAAGGAGGAUGAUGUCCGGAAGUACGUUAACACCUACAGGAGAACCUUCACCACAAAAUCUGGCAAGAAUGUGAGCAAAGCACCCAAGAUUCAGAGGCUGGUCACUCCCUUGACCCUGCAGAGGAAGCGAGCAAGGAUUGCUGACAAGAAGAAGAGGAUCGCAAAGGCCAAGGCUGAGGCAGCAGACUACCAGAAGCUGCUCGCCACUCGGUUGAAGGAGCAGAGGGAACGCCGCAGCGAGAGCUUGGCAAAGAAGAGGUCCCGCCUUUCUGCUGCCUCCAAGCCGUCCAUCGCAGCCUAAGGCUGCUUGCCCCCUGGUUUUGUCCAUAUUAUCGACAUUUCGUUGUAAGAUCAGUUUUGCUUUGGAUUAGAAUUCUUGGUAUUCAUUUUUCCGCUACAAAUUUUAGCUCCGCUAUUGUAGAAUGUGGUUUCUCCAUGAUUUAUGACUUGAGCUUAUUAGUGACUUGGUUAA